AAAAUAAAAAUAAAAAUAAAACUUACCUCCUCUGGCCGUCGAGAAGGCGAACUCUGCCUUCUCCUUCAACUUCCCCCUUCAUUUCUCUUCCUCCUCUUCUCCUUCCGCUCCUCUGUCGUUCCUCAAUUUGAGGAGGAAAUCGACCGCUGCAGUUCGCGCUCGGAAGAAGAAAGACAAGAAAUACGACGACGACAGCCAUUACUUCGCUCCCAAACAAGAUGAAUCCACAGGACCUUUCCCCGAAGCCGUUCUUCUCCGGCAGAAACAAGUGCAGGAAGACGGCAGCGUUAUGCCCGAAUUCGCUGAUGACGAAGAAGAAGAGCUAUACGACUUUCUUAACCUGGAGCUUCAGAGCGAUUUGAAGGACGACCUGAUGCGGCAUUACGAAGUGGUUUAUCUAAUCCAUGAGAAGCAUGCUGAAGAAGUUGAUGCUGUGAAUGAGAAGGUUCAAGAUUUCCUGAGGGAGAAGAAGGGGAAGAUAUGGAGAAUGAACGAUUGGGGGAUGAGAAGCUCCUUUGCCCUGGAUUUUUCACUUUCUACUCUUGCGCUUGCUAUUAUUUGCAUAUCUAUCCCAAGCAGGGGAGCACAAUCGGAGCCACUCGACGGCUAGAGGAGCCAAUUUUUAUUUUUAUUUUUAUUUUUUAAUAGUUGUAAAAUGAGGUGGAAAUUGUAAAUAUUUAAAUUUUAUUAUUUUUUUAUUGGCCACGUCACUCAUUUAACG